AUGGAAGUUAUUGAGCUGGGAGAAGUCGACUUGAACUGUCCUUCCAACUGUCAAAUACACAACACCCAUUUCUUCGGAACUGACAGACAGAUAAUAAGGAGAGGGCAAGCCUUUAGCUUUUACGCUCGUUUCCAAAAUCGGGAAUGGGAUGACUCCGUGGACCAGGCUGCUUUCACUGUGGAAACAGGCCUCAGACCCUGUGAAUCAAAUGAGACAAAAUGCACCUUCCCAAUGGGCAGAUGUCUGGAUCAAACCUGCUGGAGUGCUUCCUACAAAGUCCAUCAGCCAAAAUGCAUCAGUAUCAGCGUGUUUCCUCCCUCCAAUGUCUGCAUUGGCCGUUAUAUUCUCAAUAUGCAGAUCACAUCUUGUGGUCACACCUAUCAGCGGUGUCUUGGAGAUUUUUAUGUUCUUUUUAACCCUUGGUGUGCAGAUGACCCUGUAUAUUUGGACAAUCAGGCCCAUAGAGAAGAAUAUGUUCUGAAUGAACAUGGAAUACUGUAUGAAGGAGUUCACAAGCACAUAACCUCUCGACCAUGGCAUUUUGGACAGUUUGAAGAUGGGAUUCUGGAUAUCUGCUUGAAGAUCUUAGAUAUGGGUGCGAGUUACCAUCAUGGCUCUGACCGUGACCACUGUUGGCGCAAUGACCCUGUGCAUGUCAGCAUGGUGGUGAAUCACAUGAUAAGCAGCCAUACCACAAACAGUAUCAUGAAGAUUCCAGAAAACAAUGAUUAUCUGAAAGGAACAAAGCCAUUUUCCUGGAAUGGAAGUGUCCCUAUUCUACAGCAGUGGUACAGUGGCAGAUGCAGGCCGGUCAGAUAUGGGUACUGUGGAUCUCUUGCUUCAGUAAUGUGCACAGUGAUGAGGUGUUUGGGAAUUCCAAGCCGUGUUGUCACAAGCUUCUGUUUUCCUUGCUCAAUUGAGAAUCCUCUUGGUAUCAAUGAGGUUUUUGACUCUACUGGUAAAAACCUGUGUGGCAAAGACAAGCUAUGGCGAUACCACUGCUGGAAUGAAUCUUGGAUGGCUCGCAGAGACAUAAAUCAGUGCUGUGGUGACUGGCAAUGUCUGGAUCCAACACCUCUGGAAACAGGCAGAGGUUCAGCUUGCAGUGGCCCUACGUGGGUUCGAAGCAUCAGGGAAGGAGAACUGGACUUGGAUUAUGAUGGUCAUCAUAUGUUUUCUCGCAUAAAUUCAAACUAUGUUGGCUGGCUUUCCCAAAACAAUGCCAAAAGAACAAAAUUUUUCUGUGACACAUGGCCAUGUGGACAACGUCUAAUCACCAAGAGUGUUGGCAGUGAGCAAUUUGAAGACAUCACUGGAGCUUACAAGUAUGAACUAGGUUCUGUGAAAAGCAAAGAAGCCUAUUACCGGGCUUACAGAAGAAUUCACCCAGGGUAUUGCAAUGCUUCCAACUGUCAUAUUGACAGAGAGUUAUCGUCUCUGAAAAACCCAUUUCUGAGCGACUCCGGAAUUAACAUGAGGUUAAAGAUGGCUAACUGCCCAAUGUAUGGAGAAGACGUCCAACUGAACUGGCUGCUUGAAAAUCUGCGUAAUGAGAACAAAACCCUGAAGUUUAAUUUGUGUGCGCAAAUUAUAACCUACAGUGGUUGCCCAAUGGAUCAGUUUUGGAAAGACAGUGUGAAUGUCACAUUGGGUCCAAGGGAAGUGAAAAAAAUUCCGGUGUGUAUAUCAUAUAAUCAAUAUGGAUCUUAUCUCUGCGAUCACAACAUUAUGAAAGUAGUUGCUGUCUCAGACCCAGAGUGUGGAGAAGUUCUGAUGGUGAGCAGGGAUAUUGUGGUCAACCGACCACCUGUUAUUGUAAAGCUACUGAGCCAACCCAGACUGAAAGUACCAUGUACUGCAGAGAUCUCCUUCUGUAAUCCUCUCCAGGAAGACAUGAAGAAUUGUGUAAUGACAUUAGAAGGCUGUGGUUUAUUCAAAGAGCCGAUGACCAUUGAGUAAGUUCAUCAAUUCUUGAAAUGGGGAUAAUUUUGAGGGUUAACUAAUGUGUACAAAUUCAGAACAGGUUUUGAGAGAGACAGUAGUUCUGAUAUUUUUGACGUUAAGCACAUUAACAGGAUGUUUUGCCUCUUAUUACUUUGAGACUCCAUUAAAAGCCUCACUCCUCUUGAAACUGAUUAUCAUUUAAAGCUGGCUAGGAACGCUGCUGCUUCAUUUUUCUCAAGAUUUAAUUUAAAUGGGUGCAUCAAAUAUCAGUCUGCACACUUGUCUUUACAAGAAGUAAUAGCUGGGUCCCCCAUCCCUUACAAUCCUAUUGACUUUAUAAUAAAAUUCCUCUAAAUAUUCAUGAACUGGCACUAACCACAUAUAGGAACAAUUAGAGAACAACAGUGAGAAACAGCAAUAUGCAUUCUAAGCCUGUAACAUGUUAAACACAGGGAACUGGAAACUUCCAGGAUGCUGUAACAUUCUAGGAAAAGUAGCUGUUCAUUAAUAUGCAUUGCUUCUCUUCAUGACAAGGAGAACUGACAAAAGUAUGACUAGAUUUGAGGGCAAGAAGUUAAGAAUUGUUCUUACUGAAUAGUAAUGAACUGGAUUCCACAAAGCUGCCCUGUCGAACUGCUGGAAAUGGUAAGCAAUAAAUACGCCUUUGAGGCAGAAGGGUGCUACAUUUUUUAAGAAUUCAAGUUAGUACCACAAGUGAUUUUCCAAUUCCAACUACAGAAUUGACUAUGGAAGUCUUCCAAAUCUUCUCUUGGGACAAAAGUUUUUACCAUGCUUUUCACAACAGAGAAUGUGUUGGGUUGUUUUUUGUUUUUUUUUUUUUUUGAAUAAGACAAGUGUAACAAAGUUGUCA